AUGCAAAUUCCCACAAUCACUCUCGAAGACCUCCAAUCCUUCCAAGCAACUCAUUUCCCCGGUGCCCGAUCUCCACUCCAGCCGCCAUACCCAGAGGCAGCUGAUUCUGUCACCUCAGACACUCGCUCCACGGAAGAAGAUGAUCUCGGCCACUACCCCGACGGAGUGAAGCGAACUCUGACCGAUGAGCAGAUUCGCAUCUUCAGACAUACCGAGGUCCAUGCCCUGUUGCGCAAGAGACAGCUCGAACAAGAUGAUGCGGAAUAUGAAGCUCGGGCGGGCAAGAGAUCCUUGGAUGAGGACGCGAGUGUCGAGGUGCAGGAUCGAGCGCUGGACUCGUCAGAUUCUCCCGUGACGGACACAUUGCAGCAGCGGUGCCAAGUGUCGCCUGCUUCGGGGAAACGUCUGAAACGCGUCGAUCACGAGGUUCCGGAUCAGCCUGAGCAGUCUCUCGACUAUGAGGAUCAUCAUGAUGAUGUCCAAAGCAAGGCUUCGGUUCCAGCUCCAGCUUCAGCUCUGGACCAAACUCAGCGUACGAGACAAGCGCAUCCGACCUUUCACGGACGGAAGAUCAUUUCUUACGAUGAUUGA